CAUCAUCAACAAAAAACCCUAUCAAGAUGGACAAGCACUCUUUUAACCCGCCUGAAUGGGCCGAGCCGCGCCGCAAAACAAGCUUUAACAAAUGGAAACUCUUCGGCGCAGGUGUCCUGACCGUCGCCGCAUUCCAUUGGCUCGCGCCUCACUGCUCUCCUCCUCAUCAUCAUCAUCAUCAUCACCAGCACCAUCAUGAUCACGCGACUUAUCCGGGCGAGAACAUCGAAUGGAAGCCCUGCGGAGAGAUCAGCAAUCGCUCUGUAGAGUGCAGCAAGAUUGACGUACCGAUUGAUCAGUUUCAUCCUGACGUUAGCAACAAAACAUUCAAUGUACCCAUUAUUCGCAUGCGGGGCAAAGAUGGAAGCCCAAACCUCCUCCUCAAUCCCGGUGGUCCCGGCGGCAGUGGCUUCGAGUUUCUCCACAGAAGGGGAGAGCAGUUGGGUACCAUCGUUGGCGACGGUUUUCAUCUUGUCUCGUUUGAUCCCCGCGGCAUUAACUCGUCUUCACCGCGGGCUUCAUGCUAUCCUAGCAAAGAGGCGCGUCAACAGCUUGGAUCAGUGCACGAUAUCGAUAUCGUCAAGGAUGGCGCUGAGAUUUAUGCCUGGACACAUAAUUAUGUGAGAGCCUGUGAGGAUACUAUGGGUGAGCAUGGAAAGUACAUCAAUACUCCUCAGACAGCUGCCGAUAUGAACAGUAUUCUUGAUGCUCUUGGUCAGAAGGAUAUGUACUAUUGGGGAUUCAGCUAUGGAACUCUUCUCGGCCAGACUUACGCGACUCUGUUCCCCGAACGGUCUCACAGGGUCAUCAUUGAUGGAGUUGUCAACCAAUUCCUCUGGUAUCAAGCUCGUUUCGAUAUGGAGGACCUCACUGAUACAGAGAAUGUCAUGGAUGGUCUUCUCAAAGAGUGCAUCAAGUCCGGCGACGCAUGCCCUCUUUCAUCCAUGGCAGACUCCUGGGAAGGCCUCAAGGACAAGUUCCUCUCUUUCGUUGGAGAACUCAAGGAACAGCCGAUGAACGUCUACGUCAACAACAGCGUCUACGGCCUUCUAGACUACCAGAAGAUCUGGUAUGGUGCACUAUUCCCAGUUCUAUACAAGCCUCAGUUCUGGGGCACUUUUGCCGAGCGCAUGGAGCAGCUUAUGGGCGGUAACGCGACUGAGGCAUUGAUGGCUUAUGGUCUGGACGAUGUUGAAGACAGCGAUGCUCUUUACACAGUUUCGAUGAACGACGGUCUGUCGGGUCCUCUCCACUGGCCACAGGAUCUGGGCUCCCUGCUCGAUAUUGUCAUGCCAACCUUUAACCGCAGCGUUUUCGCUCCCGAUGAUCUCGUUUACCUCUUCGCCAAGCAACAAUGGCGCAUCCCCAAGACACACAAUUACGCCCCACGGAACGGCGUUGAGACAGCACACCCUCUUCUGAUCCUCACUACAACUUACGAUCCAGUCUGCCCGCUCGUCUCCGCCAGAUCGGCAGAGGCUGCAUUCAAAGACUCAAAGCUCAUUGAGGUCAAGGGAUACGGCCAUUGCUCUGUCGCAGUUCCGUCGCUGUGCCUUGCCAAGCAUGUCCGGGGCUUCCUUUACAAUGGAACUCUGCCAGCUAACGAUACUCAAUGUGAGGUUGAUGGUCCUUACUUCAAGCCCAAUGGCACGGCGAGCGUCAUGACCUUUGACGAUCCGGAGGAUCAGGCGAUUCAUUUUGCACAGAUGGAGUUGGCGCGUGAUCCCGAGUGGCCACGUCGCGUAUAAAUCCAUUUCAUUAGCAAGUUAUCAUAGUUCAAUAGUUAAUGCUGUAGUAGCUUUAGGGCUAUACAGGCCAUUAUUAAACUCUUCGACCAAUUUCUCAAUUGCUAUGACGUAGUGGAUUUACAAUUUCGGCUGCGUCUGUGCAUCUAGAGUAUUACCAUCGACCUAGGGUAGGUUAACGCCGAAAUUAAAUCGAUAUUUUAGCAAUGCUGUCAGAGUCCCUCGCGGUUAUAAAAUAAAUUUGCAAAC